CUCUGCUCACGCUGCACAUUCAUCUUGUGAUACGCGUCUAUCUCACCCAGGAGACUUUAAACACUUGGACAAGAAGUUGUUUCGUAACACGGGGAAAUUUUUGGCGUCAAAAAAGUUUGCCCUCCUUAAUGCAAGUGUGUCAUUUGGAUAUGUUUCAUGCUGUUGAAGUUGUCUCCUGCGGUGCUCUUGGCUCAUAACGUCUCGUUUUUAAUUUGAGGAAUAUUUACACUGACACAACAUCUACUGAAUAAAUUCCAGUGGCAGCAGCCAUGCUCAUGUGUGAUUACCCGAUAAAGGCAGACAUGGAGACAUCAUUAUACCAGACUUACCCCACACUGAUUAAACCACCAUCUGAGGCAUUUGGAGUUGUUUUGUCCUCUCCCAUGGCCACUACUCCCACGGGUCACCUGUACCCCCCUCACUACCACCAUGCCACCUAUCAAACACACUACCCCUACGGGAGCCCCCCUCACACACACCAUCAGUCCCAGGAUGCCCAUCACUCCCAAAACGAGCCUGUUGACUUAUCUGUCAGCAAAAGAUCCUCUGUUUCAUCGCCUUCAUCAUCACUGUCAUCCUCAUCUCCCAGAGCUACGCCCCCAUCCCCUUAUGAGCGUGGCAGUCCAGUCAUACGUCCUCAUCUUGGCUGCAGCUCUAUAACAGGAAGUGUUUCUGGAUCAUCCCAGACAAGGCAGUUGAGCCCAUCAAUGGCCCUUCCCAUUCCUGCGGUGACACAGGUUUUGACUCCUUUUGUAUCGAGUUCUGGCAUCAUCCCUGUAAUCUCUCUGUUGCAGCCGUUACCUGUGCUCUACCCCUCCCCCCUACACCUGUCCCCCUCCAUCAUGAUAUCAUCCGUCACACCUGAAGAUCCUGCUAACCACAAAAAUUUUCCAACUAUGAAGUCAGAGAUUUCCCAUGACAACCAUGAACUCCCCAAGCCAAUCAAAUCAGAGCCCUGCCCAGAACACGUUCAGGAUCCCCACAGCCAGGAAAUAACCUCAUCCGUCAUUACUGUCCCACCGAGUUAUAAUGAGGGGAACACUCACUCUGUAAUUGUACGGCGAAAGGUAGAAUCUCCAGAUCCAUUAAAAAAGCGUCGAAUUCAUCGCUGUGACUUUAAUGGCUGCAAUAAAGUCUACACCAAAAGUUCCCACCUCAAGGCACAUAGACGCACACAUACAGGGGAGAAACCCUAUAAGUGUAUGUGGGAAGGCUGCACAUGGAAGUUUGCCCGCUCUGAUGAGCUGACCCGUCACUUUCGGAAGCACACGGGUGUAAAGCCGUUCCAGUGCCCUGACUGUGAUCGCACCUUCUCUCGCUCCGAUCACCUUGCCCUGCACAAGAAGCGCCACCUGCUGGUUUGAGCUCAACACUGCAACAUGUGAACAGGGCAGAAGUUGGACCUUCAAUUAAGCUGUUAUUUAACAGGAUACUUCAUCUUCCAUGAUGUUAUUGGGGCAUUUUGUGUAUCCCACCCCCUUCCGAUGGAAGCGAAUAGGAAGAAAGAGUGGAGUUGUUGGAACACAUGAUUGCUAGCCUUACUCCAUGAAAAGAAGCUUUGUUCAAAUGGAAUUUGUCACCAUUACUAUGGAUAUGGAUAUAUGCUGAUAGUGCUAUGGAUAUGACCCUCAUAUAUACAUAUAAACCAUAUCGGAUGCCAUUUAAAGUCAAAACAACAUGCACCUUUAAGUCAUCAGUCUUUUUCUUGAUGCCUAGCACUCUCUCUCUAUAUAUAAUAUCUCUCUGUCUCCCUCUCUCAUCCAUUCUGUUUUGCCCUCUGCAGGUCAGAGGAAUAUUGUGCCAUUUACAGCACUACACAAACAUACAAGCAAAAUACAGCUGCAUUAUUUCAGUGGCCAAACAAAUAUGCACACACCAACACACCAUCACAUUUAUAAUGUAGUUUUUGAUGCAACUCGGGUCAAACCUGCACAAUGUGAAUUUUUUUCUUUUUUAAUAUCAGUAUGAAAAAUGAAUGUGUAUACAUAGAUCUUGUAUAUGUAUUCAGCAUACAGUAUGUGUUUAAUGUUUCAGUGUAAGGACCAAAGCUGAUUGUCUUGCACCCUCUCUGUUUUUCGGAAAUUGUUGGAUUCGGACUGUAAAUUGUUUUUUUUUAUUUUUUAUUAUCCUAAGUCAUGGUAGACAUGGUAAGUUUAUUUUAUGAAAGAACAAGGCAAAGGUUUUGUUUCCAAGGGUUGUACCUCUGAGCACCUGACCUGUUACUUGUGUACAGCCAAAUAGUGGCAUGUUUUAUUCAUUGCAAUCUUGAAUUAAUACUGUAGUUUAUUACCAUAAGUAAGUACCAUGUACUGUGUAAGUUCUUUGCAACUCUGCACAUGCACAGUUGAUUUAGUAAUGAUAUUCCCCCACAUAGUUCUUUAAAAACACAGGUAAACAAAUAUAGGUGAAGUUAAAUUGGUGUCUUUAAUACUAUUAUAGUCUGGUCAUAAAUGGCAAGGGAUUCAUAUAGUGUCUAAUCGGUGCCUUUGUCAUUCGCUAAACAAAAUUGCAUGCUAAAUGUUAGUAAGUGUUAGUUGCAAGGACUUAUAGAAAGCUUCAUUUUGCUUAAUUUCACAAUUAUUUAUAUUUUAAUAAUUUCUGUAAUCAGGAGUAUUCAUAUAAUCCCAAAUAUUUAGUAUUGUAUCGUUUUGUUGUAUCAAAUUCAGUGUCCGAGUCUCAAAGGGGUAAAAGGGGUUUUCAGGUGGAGAAAUGUGAUAAAUGUGAACCAUUCAAUAAGGGGCAUUAUUUUAAGAGUGAAUUCAUCUUGGUUAUGGGUAACAUUAUCUUACAGGUUUCACAGCACUUUGUUUUGUGAGAUACUAUAUGUUAAACAUGUGAGAAAAUCAUGGAUAUACACUAUGCAGGGAUGAGUGUACUCUUGUUUUUCUGUUUGAAAAUCAUUUUUAUGUGAACAUAUGUUUGUAAAAGGCAAUGUGUCAACGGAAACAGGGGGGGGGGGGGGGACCAGUUAGUGCUUCCAAAUCCUGCCCUUGUUUCUCCCAUGUUCUGUUUUUCUCUUCUCAACUGAAGGACAAUUUUGUGCUGUACUCAUUCAGAAGGAGGAAAAGACCAAGGGAGAGAAAAGAUUACAUAAGAAAGGACAGAAUCCUUAAUGAAAAGAGUGAGAUGAGUCAGAAAGAAUUACAGAGAAUAUGGAUGAAGCAUUUGUUUCUUGGUCUAAUGCAUAAACCACAGCAAAGCUGUAAUAUACAACACAGAAAUUAAUUAAUCAGAUAGUAAAAUAGAAAUAUUAAUAUAUAUUUUAAGGAAUUAUAUGACUGAUUGGGCAGUUUAUAGACAGCAUGAUUAUUAUAUUUUUAAUCCAAACAAACAUACGUUUUUUUAAAGAUGUGAAUCUUCUGUAUUUUCUGAAUUUCUUAUAUUUUCACAGUUCAAAAGGGAAUGUUAUGCUGUCCUUUUACCAAACUGUGAAUUUAAAUACAAAAUGUCCAAAUACGUAUUGUAUUAUAUAGAUUUAAAUAUGUGUCAUUCAAUAAACUUUUUAUGAUGA